CUACUGUGGACAUGUUUAUAAAUAAUAAAUUUUCUGCAUGAAAUCCACUUAUGUUGUUCCGAAACAGAAACAGUUUUACAUUUAAAUAUAAAACAACUUAAACUUACAAAAAAUUUUUUUUUUAUAUGUGUCAUACAAAAAAUCCCGGCAAAGGAAUUGUGAUAUUCUAAUUUUAAAAUCGACAAUUUAAUACAACAAUACGGUAAUCACUAGGAGAGGUUUCACUCCAAACUCCUCGUCCAGUCUCAUUGUCAAACCACAGAUGUCUGAGAUGAUUCACAAAAACCCUCUCGAGCCUAUCAAACGACCAGGCUUAAUACCUUUAAAAGAUUUUGUUAGAAAACAGUUAAAAACUAAGAUUCAGUCAGGUGGUCCUGUUCGUGAUCAAUAUACUAAAACACUUCAAUGUUCUAAUAGUGGAAAAUCUAUAAUAUUAUACGAAAAGAAAUUAAUACAAAGUCCUGCAACAGAUAAACCUACCAUAUUUAUGAAUAAGGAAGAGACUUCCGUACAAAGGAAUGAAUCAGAUAGUGAAGCAAAAAAAUCUCGUGAUAAAUUUAAUCUCCAGAAUAAUAAACCAUCAAAUUCCUACGACCACUCAAAUAGUAAAGAACUUAUUCACGGUCAAACUUAUAACCAAAAUCGCAGUAUGCCAGACAUAAAUAUAAAUGAACCAAUCGAAACUACUAGCACUGAUCAAGACCUACCUGAAUUCAUCUUAAAAAGAGAUUCAUCUGUUGUACAUAUUCGUCCUAUAACAUCCAGCCAGCCAUGUCAAUCCAAACCUGUACAGGAAAACAAAGUUUCACUAACUUAUAUUGAUAAACCAAUUCCAAAGUCUGAUAUGCAAAAAGUACACGUUAAAAGACCUGAUAAGUUUAAUGUAUUUAACCAAAACGUUAUUCGGAAUGAUACUGAAGCUACUGCAUCUUAUAAUCAACUGCCAUAUUCAACAAUAAAUGGUCAAAAUUCUUUUGCAAUUAUGCAAACACAAACUAAACAGUCUUCUAGUAAUAAUAAUGAUAUUGGAGAAGAAUAUUCUCAAGAAUUUACAAAUAAUGCAACACAUGCUAACGAUGGAAUUAAUGUAUCGUCUCAACUGUAUGAACAUUUAUGCAAAAAAACACCAACAUCAAAUUAUAAAAAACCAUUUGGUAAAAAACAUAAUGUUGAAAAUACUGCAAAUAAUAUAACAACAGCUUUGGAUAGCUCAUCGGAGACAAUAAGGCAGCAUGAACCCUUACAACCAAAUAGGACUAUUCCAGCCUAUUCUCAAAAAGAUCCGCGACUGUCUAGAGUUAAUAUUGGAAAGUCCAUCGAACAAACUAACUUAGAAAAACAGAGGACUAACCAUAAUAUGACAAUUAAUGCAUCUUCUGCUAGACACCUAGCAUACUUGGCUCAGCAGUCUCCGCAGUUUUUACAGAAAUCACCCCCAGUGCAAUAUUUUCCAGGCUCUCAAGCUUUCUUUGGGCAUAAUGUGUAUUCUCAUGACAUACAUAAAAGACCCAAUACUGCACAAAGUAUCGAUGGAAAUAAUGAACACAUUUCAAGAUCAUAUAACAGUCAAUAUAGACAUGUUGAUCAAUAUUACUCACAAGAACAACAAAGACACGACCAACAGAGAAAAGCUACUGAGUGUACUUAUACCGACCAUAGUUCGCAUUCUCGAAGUAUUCUGGUUAAUCCAUCCAAUCAGUCGAUUCAUACAAAUGUAAUGCAAAAUUAUUCAAACGCAUAUAACGAAUGCAAUGAAAUAGUCGAGCAUCCGUAUAAACAGACUCCUUCCGAUUAUCAAGAUGAAAGCCAGGAUUUACUCAGAUCCAGAAUAUAUGUUGAUAUAUCUAUCAAUAAAAGUAAUAAUGACGGUAAAACUAAUCAUAUAACAGUCGACCCUCAAAAUGUGACUGAAGGAACAUCUAUAGAUAUGGCCGAUAUACCGACUUCAUCACGAGGCUCUCUUAAAAAAAAUUAUACCAAUGUAAUUGGAGAACUUACAGAUGUAAGACCAACUGGAAAGGUUUUACAACAGAAUUACAAAUAUCAAACAGCUGCUACUCAAAAUAUCCAAGCAGAACGAAGUCCUCCUAUGCCAUCUUUGAUAGCACAACCACCAUAUAUAUAUGACCGUUCAUACGAAAGACAAUUUACAGCAGAUUAUGAAAAUCAUGUGUACCAAAAUCCACAAACACAAAGAAAGGUUGUCGAUCAGUGUACCGAAAUGAAUCCGAACAUUUCCAAUGUAAAACGCGUGCGGUUUGCAGAUAACUCUCCUCGAAAACGUUCUACCCCUAUGAGCUCCGUAACAAUAGCAGUAGAUCAAUCAUGUCAAACAGACGAAUGCUUGAUAGAAGAAUCAUCAGAUCAAGAAUUUGCUGUAUAUCAUGAUGUUGUUAGAGAAUAUAACAAUAUACCACGUCACAAAGUUAAAUCAGACCGGAAACAUGUUACAAAUCAAACAAAUGCAUCACCUAUUGAAAUAAAUACGGACAUUGCUCAUGCUAAAACAAAUACUCUUAAACAUGUUACAGAGGAUGUACAAAAGCCUGAAGAAAAUAUUACAUCAGUCAAAGAGAUUGAGAAUCGCAAAGCCAUGCUAGAGCAGCAAAUGUUAGAUUCUUUUGCUACUCUCUUCAAAUCAAUGGGCUCUACUAUUUCUAAUACGUGUGACAUAUUCAAUGAUAUACAUACUUCAAUGCCCAAAUCUCGCGAGAUGUACCAGAAACUGUUAGAUUAUUUCAAUAAAUUUAAUAUAAUAGAAAACAGUGUAAAUGACAUAACUGAAACUAAUACAACACCAGAUCAAAAUAUCACUAUUGAAAGCCAAAAUAAAGUGGAUAAAAUUAAAAAAUCUAAUAAUAACGUCGGAAAUAAAGUUACCAAAAUUAACGAGCCUAAGAAAAAAUACGCAAGGCAGAGACACUCUUUCAUUUUGCCACCAGAAUAUGAUCCGAAAGACACAAAAUGGACGUUAAAGUACAGGAAACGUGUAACAGGGGUAGUUGAGCUGGUACCCAAUAGUGGUAUUUACGUGAACGCUUUAGGGCUAGCCAAUUGCAAGCAGAAGUCGGAAGAUUGUAAAACACUAGCGCGUAUGUUGUUGAGUGAAGUGUAUAGCAGGAACGCGUUGAGUGUGUGUUCAAUUACUGGUAAAAAGCCGAAUGCUUAUGAAAAUCGAAAUGAUAAUGUGCGACCUGGAUUGAACGAGUAUGCGAAAAUGGCACUCCUGACGUAUGUAGAAGAUUAUGGACGCAGAAAGAACUGGCCUCUGUUCGAUGAACACACAAUUUUAAGCACAAUACGCAGUAGGAUUCAAAAGAUACGAAUGUUAUAUGGUCGACGUCACAGUCCUAAAAAUUAGAAAUUUAUCGCCUGCAUACGACUAUAUUAUAAUUAGCUUUUACCCUCGGCUUCGGUCGCAUUCAAAUUCAAAAAUCAUUUAUUCAUGUAGGAUAUUUUAGCCGCUUAUGAACGUCAAAUUUUUAUAUUCUAAUUUUAAUUUUUUCCCUACCGUCCAGUUCGGUAUAUAGAUCCAAUUGAGAAGAACUGACAAGAAACUCAAUUGAAUUACUUUU